GUGUGCGUGUGUGUUGUGUGUCGGAUAGAAAGUCAGCCUGGUUUCCAGCUGAGUGCUUGCUCUCCCAGCGUGUGUGUGUGUGUGUGUGUGUGUGUGUGUGUGUGUGUGUGUGUGUGUGUUGUCAUUAUUAUCCACUCUGCUCCCAGCUCAGAAUGGCCAGAUUCACUCAGACUGAAACAAGAAGGCAGCACCAUCCACAGCAGCCCCAGCCCGCUUACUCCAGCUUGGUUUACACCGGACCGGGGGCGCCACCGACCCAACAACCACUACUACUUAUCCCACAUCAGUACCAGUAUCCUCAGCUCACAUUUCCGAAACCCAUGAACGGGUCAGAACCCAUUUCAAUUCAUCCGGAGAGCGGCAACAUGAAAGACCAAGAUGCCAUUAAGCUGUUUAUCGGGCAGAUACCGCGGAACUUGGAGGAAAAAGACCUGAAACCCCUGUUUGAACAGUUUGGGAAAAUCCACGAACUGACAGUUCUCAAGGACCGAUACACCGGCAUGCACAAAGGUUGCGCAUUCCUCACCUACUGCGCCCGAGAGUCGGCCAUCAAAGCCCAGAACGCCCUCCAUGAACAGAAAACACUGCCAGGGAUGACUCGCCCCAUCCAGGUGAAACCGGCUGACAGCGAGAGCCGUGGAGAAGACAGGAAGUUGUUUGUCGGGAUGCUGAACAAACAACAGACCGAGGAGGAUGUUUACCGCCUCUUCGAACCCUACGGAGUCAUUGAGGAGUGCACGGUCCUAAGAGGUCCUGACGGAAACAGCAAAGGUUGCGCCUUUGUCAAGUUCUCCACACACACCGAGGCUCAGUCUGCAAUCAGCGCCCUCCACGGCAGCCAGACCAUGCCAUUCUCUCUGCCCCCUCAGGGUGCGUCCUCCAGCUUGGUGGUCAAGUUUGCCGACACUGACAAGGAGCGCACCAUCAGACGCAUGCAGCAGAUGGUUGGGCAGUUUGGCAUCUUCAACCCAGCCAUCGCUCUUCCCUUCAGCACCUAUAGUUCUUACGCACAUGCGCUCAUGCAGCAGCAGGCAGCCAUCAUGGCAGCAAGUCACGGAGGUUACCUCACGCCCAGCGUGGCUUUCCCCGCCACACAGAUCCACCAGAUGGGGGCGCUCAACAUCAACAGCCUCCAACAAACCACCAUGACCCCGCUGUCGAGUGAGUUUCAUCAAGCCCUGGCAGGCCUCAGUUCUCCACCAGCCAACAUCACCACCUCCGUGCCCAGCCUCGUCACGCCCCUCGUCAACGGAUUCACCGGCAUCCCUCAUCAGCCCAACGGACACCCCGCGGUGGAGGCCAUGUACACCAACGGCCUGCCGCCCUACUCCCAGAGCCCCACCGCUGCCGACACCCUCCAGCAGGCCUUCACCGGAGUGCAGCAGUACACAGCGAUCUACCCGACCACCACGCUGACUCCCAUUGGCCAGACGCUGCCCCAACCACCCCAGGUCAUCCAGCAGCAGCAGCAGAGAGAAGGUGAGGGUCCGGAGGGUUGUAACCUGUUCAUCUACCACCUGCCACAGGAGUUUGGAGACAAUGAACUCAUGCAGAUGUUUCUGCCCUUCGGCAGCGUCAUCUCCUCCAAGGUCUUCAUGGACCGGGCCACCAACCAGAGCAAGUGCUUCGGUUUCGUGAGCUUCGACAACCCUGCAAGUGCACAGGCAGCUAUUCAAUCCAUGAAUGGCUUUCAGAUUGGGAUGAAGAGGUUGAAAGUCCAGCUAAAGAGACCGAAGGAUGCCAGCCGCCCUUACUGACACAGCCUACCUUCACUAUUCAUUGCAGCAGCACAGGUUUUAGAGGACACGUGAAGAUAUCUCGGAGGAGUUCAACUUUUUUUCUUUGAAAGCAAAAUAUGUUUUAAAAAAAUCAACACAUACGGAAUUUUUGAAGACAUAUCAGCAUUUACUUAUGAAGAUAUAGGUUAUGGCGGAAAAAAAGAAGAUGCGAAAGAGGAGGCGGCGCUUCACCGGGGGACUUAACAGUAACAGAUGGCACAGUGCAAGAAAGACCAGAAGAAGAAAAAAAAAAACUGAAAAAAGAUGUGAUGAGACUGAACAACAGAACUUUUUCUUGUUGAGACUUGAAUUGUUAAUUAAGCAACAAACUAACAAACAAAAAAGCAGCAACAACAAAUAGAUUUCUAUAUACAUAUUAUAUACACAUAUAUAUAAGGGAAGAGGCGCUUGUGGCUUUUACUGUACUGGACAAAUGAGGGUUAAAACUUGAAGAUCAAGAAAAACAGUGGAAAAAAAGAAGCUAUUCUAUUGGUCCACUGACAGACUUUCUUUCUCUUUCCCUCUUUCUCUUAUUCUCUCACGUCUCUCUCAGCAAGCGCAGAACUAUGACUCUUGGAGGUCACUGAGGUUUCCAUUAGCAACAGUAGAACUGCAAAUCUUUCACCCCUAAGGGACCAAAGGACCAAACAUUUUUAUUGUUCUGAACAGUAAUAUAUAGUAUUAAUGAUACUAAUACUACAAACUACUACUAAUAAUAUUACAAGUUAAACGUAAGAAGAAAUACUAGCUUCAGGUUGAAAAAAAAAAAAAAGAGGAAAUGGGUUUCGGUUUGUUUUCCUUUUACAUUUAUAGCUACUGGGUUUAAGGAAUAUUAAAACAAAACAGAAAAAAAAUAUGUAUAAAGCUAUACUAUUUUAGUGGCGUAGAAUAUGUAAGUUAGACAUUGUUUCGGGCAUGUUCAGAUAAUCUUCUUUUGCCACUCAUUGCUUCAUCUGCGUCACAGCAUUUCAUCUCGGAGUUGUGAUCCGUCGGUGUUAUUGUGUCAGUAGAAGAAGAAAAAAACAAGUCCCGUAGUGCCAAAAGUAAGUGACACAAUAACAGCCUCUCGCUGCUCCACACUGUGCGCAGCCAUGUACCGCGCGCGUCUGCUGCUCUGCAAUUCCAUAAUCGAAGCGAGAGGUAAUUCCACGUCUUCAUUAAAGCCUUGAUAUCGCAGAUCAUCUGACCAUAAAGCACCGUGGUAAAAGUGCCACCCAGCUGAGCUGGAUGCGCAGCAGUAAAACAGCACAGCAAUGGUAACUGCUUAAUGAAAUAUACAAAUGAGCCUGACAGCAGUUGUAAAAAAAAAAGUUCCAUCGGCAUGUCACAGUGGUCCCUGCCGGGUCGUGCCCUCUCCAGCUGCCAAGCUCCUCCAGCUGCUCUCAGCAGGCGAGAGGAGACCCCCCCCCCCCCUUCCUCAUUUUCUCGCUCCUCACCUCCAAGUGCCAGCAUAUUUCUCUCCUAAUAGGGACCAUCAGUUCACGGGGGCCGAGGGCUAACCCACAGCAUAAUUAGGAUGAUGAUAAUAUUGAUCAGAUGGGGAGCAGCACCACGGGGCAAGAGAUGCGCAAUCAAUUACGGAUUGGCAUGUUGAAGGAAUUGACUGAGUGACAGAGUCCGUUUUUCUCUCAGUGGUCUUCUAACUACCGCCCACAGUCUCAGAGGGGACCCCCGAAUCUGACAGUGUCCUGUGGGGCACGUCGAAGGCACUGAAAUCUACGUCAUCAGUGCUAACAUUUAAAAAAAAAAAAAAAAGGUUCACAAGGCUACGACAGGAUGUGUAAAAAAAGAGUUUGGAGUAGGUCGUAGGAGUUCUUCAGUGAAGAGCAGCUGUGUAGUUUUGUUUUUUUUCCAAUGGGUGUAUUAGCACAGUGAGAGCCUGCGGUGAGGAACAGCCUGGCAUUACCAGCCUUAGGAGGUCAAAUUAAGAGCAAAAUGAUCCAUCAAUUAGACAGCAGCAGGCCUGUAAGUGUAGCCGCUACAGCUGCUGCUGCUUCAACGAGACGACAGCUUACCAUUAGCGCCGGUCACACAUGGCUCCUAUACAGUGUGGUCACGACACAUCACGCCGUAUCAGAUAUGAUUAAUUAACUACUCUAGCAUCAUCGCCGGGGAUGCUUUCCUGUUGUUGUUUACAGAGGGACACGCAUACAGUACAUCCAAGAUGAAAUCUGUUUCUCAUGAGUCACCUUUUCUCUUUUUUUUAUCCAUUUCACUCUCUGAUUUGUUCAACUAACAUCCAACUCUUUCAGUUUGAGACUAUUUCCAACAUGUCGGUCAUUGGCUCAGUUUGCACUGAAGCAGCCUGCCACUCAGGACUCUGUGAGACCUCAGCGCUCUGAUCAUCUCCCUAAACUUCAGUCAUCGUAUCACGACGCUGUCUCUAUGGCCCCAUCCACACACGUGGAUUCUUCAGAAAACACGACUGCUAAGCCCCUGCAGCCCGGUACAACAAAUGUCAUCACCACGAUGGCUCCCCAGGUCCUGCUGACUGUACCUUUUUAUUUUUAUUCUCUUUAUUUGUAUGAUUACUGGUCCACAGGAUCAGUAGACCAGGAGACCAUUCAACAAAUGUUACUACCCUCAUUCACUGUAUAUUGUUCUCUUGCAGGCAAUACUUAGAUGCCGUUAAAAAAAAAAAAAAAAAAAAGUCUUUAAGAAAUGCCUUUUCUCAUCAUGAAUUGCCAAAUUAUGCAAGCAUAUCCACUGCAUUUCCUCAUCAGACUUUAAACGAGUGCCAGAUUCCUUGAAAAUGUAAGAUUGCUUCUUAGAAAUGUGUUCGUUUUCAGGAAAUAUUGAUCAGUAGGGAAGAAGUAUUUGAUUUUGUGAUAUAGCAUAACAGUGUAGGAGGGAGGCUCCUGUCAGGUUGUAAUUUUAUACAAUAGAGCUUUCCAGUGAAAAGGUUAGAUUUCAUAUAUAUUUGCCAAAAGACAGCUUUGUUCCCCCUGGUGAGUUACUGUUAGUUUCCUCUCUGCUGUCAGCGCCGGGCAGCUUUAGGAAGCUGUGAUAUAUGCCCUCCUUACCCCGGGCCAUACAGGGCCUUAUAAACCCACUCAAAAAUCUUUCCUUAUGGGAUUUCUACUGGAGAGUUUUUUUAAAUUAUUAAAAUCAAAUUAAAUGUGGCCUUCACAACAGCUUGGGUAAUGCAAAUUAAAGAUGCCAGCUGUGGCUGAAAUUUAAUGAGUUUGAAAAGAUGUUGAGUUAAUUUCAUUCUGCCAAGAGAAAGAAAUGAAAUUUGAUUGAACGCAAUUAAAAGAGUGAAGGUUUGUGGAUGGAGACCGUUUCUGGUGCAUAAGCCUAAAUAUACAUUUCCACUAUGAAAUUUCGAAAAAAAAAAAAAAAGGGGGAAUGUAAUGAAACGACUGAAAUCCAAGAAGUUAAUUGAGUUAAGAUUUUUGAAUUACCAGAGCUGAUUGGAAAUCCACUAAAAGAGAAAGGAAAUAGCUGAUCCCAGUACUGCUAUAAUUCAGCUGCAUGUGGUUAAACUAAAGAUGAUUUUCUACAUCGUUUUCACUCUUGCAUCCAUUUCUAUCUUUCUUCUUUUAAUAUUUCUCAUCCGACCAUGGUGCCCUUUCGAUCUCUGAGCAUGCUCAAUGGGGGCUGGGGGGGUUAAAGAUUACGGUACUACUAGUAUUAACAAUAUGAUUCUUUAACUAUGGUUUGAAUGCUAAGGAUAGUAGCUUAUUAUAAAUAUGAAAUCUGUAUAUUAUGGAAAAUCAGCACAGGACCUUUCUUUGGUUACAUUAUAGAUUAGGGUUUGAAAUGGGGGAGGGGUUGGGGGAGGGGGCGGGUCGCUUUAUAAAGAUGUUAACUUUCUGGUUUCUCAGCACAAAGCAUACAAAAACAUAUAAACCGCAGUAUGGAGUCUGUGAAGAAGACUUUACUGACAUGCAGGGCGCAAAAAGAGGAAUCUCAGUACUAUUCUUUAAACCUGGAGGAGAAAAUGCAGCUUACAGGUUGUAUUGUUUUUCUUUCUUUCCUUCUUUUUUUAAAGGAGAGCGCCACCUGUUUUUGUGGCAGUGUCAGUACAGCAUGGAUUUACUGACCGGGAAAGCAGUAUCUUUUUUAUAAACAAAAAGUUAUGAAAAAAACUGUUCUGUAUUAGCCUGAGAAACCAAACAUUUUUUCCCCUGUUGAAAUUUCUUAAUACUUGCUGCUUAGGUUACUUCAUAUUAAUGAUUGAUGAUUAAAUCAUUUUAUAAUUGAUUAUCGGGUCAAGUAUGUAACUUGAUGUUUAUUUAUUUAUUUAUCUAUUUAUUUAUUAUUUAUUUAUUUAUUCAGCCACUUUUCUUUUGUUUCUUUUCUUUUAUGGUUAUGGUAAGAUAAAGAUAUGUAUCAAAAAGAAAUGCUUAUUGGGGCUUUUCUCUCUUUCUCUCCUUUUUUUCCAAUUUUACAAUAAAAAUUCAAACAG